AUGCCAUGGCUUCAGAAACAUGCCCCAGUCAUAGACUGGGAGAACUUCAACUUAAAAUUAGAUUCAGAAUACUGCAAGGAAAACUGCUUCGCAAAAUCAAUUUCGAGUUCACCUUCAAGUUCUAGGGCUAUCAACAUUGCCAAAGUCUCUGCUUUGGAAUUUGAAAAAGCUUAUAACUCCCAUGACAUUCAAGCAUGUUUUGCUAUAUACAUCUCAGACACCUUGACUUCAGAAUCCUCAGCUCUAGAUAUGGCUCAGGAUGAAAUUUCAGGCAUUGCUAUGCCACUUCGAGAACCUUCGGGCAUUGCUAUGCCACUUCGAGAACCUUCGGUCAUUGACAUGCCACUUCGAGAACCUUUGGGCAUGGCUAUGCCACUUCGAGAACCUUCGGGCAUUGACAUGCCACUUCGAGAAUCUCAGAACACCAUAAACGGUAGUUUUGAUGUCAACUUUGGACACUAUGCUGUCAACUUUGGACACUAUGCUGUCACCUUCGGACACUAUGCUGUCACCUUCGGAACACAGUGCUCUAGCCUCAGCUGA